AUGCGCACUCACCCCUCCCUUCAGGUGCGUUUGCUCGUCCAGCUGCUGUCGCCACUCUCGUCUCGUCUAGACUCGGGCUUUCGAGCCACGCCCCGUACGCCCUCGUCUUGGCCAAUCAGCGCGGCCCGUUUCAAAAAGAGGCGGAGGAGGGAGGGGAUAUUGUUUGUCCUGCAGCUGCAGGAGGAGGAGGAGGAAGAGGCAGCUCAUCAAGAUGAUUCUAGUAGUGUGCUGGAAGAUCUUAGCAGCCAAGGGGUAUUUACAAAACAUUCAGCAUGUGAUGCUCAGGAAGGGCUUUGGCCCCCACCUGGGGACAAUACUGAAGAACAUCUGGAGCCCAGGGUGAAUGAGGUAUCUUUGAUCGAUAGCUUUGAAUCAGAGGGAAAACUCCUGCCAAAUGCCAGUCUUCCAAAGUCCAGCUGCCCUGAAAGCAGCUCCGUGGACCACGAGGGCUACUAUCUGUGUGACGAGGAAGCCCUCCUAAAAGAAUCGAGCGCCUCCACCGGCUAUUAUCCUUGCUAUCGAACAUAUGUGGAGUUCCCCCGGUACCAGCCUCCCAACACUAGUAACCUCAAUGAGGGGAAAGGAAGUCCCUGUGACGCCUGUGUCCAGUGUGAUGGGUACCUACAGGAAGAAGCCACUGGCAGAGAGAAGAGAGGAGUGGAAGCUAACAAUAACAUAAAAGAGCUUAAGGUGUCAGUGGCUCUCUGUGAUUCUUCCCAGGGCCAACCGAGUGGUGGCUCCAGGCCUGGAUCUGGUGGGAGAAAGCUGGAAGGACCUGGAGGGAGGCGUGUGAGGCCACCCAUCAACAGUGGCCAAGAGUCAGGUGGCCCUCGGAAGGAGCAAGAGGGAACUCUGAAGCCCCGCACCCCAGGGAACUCCCCAGCCAAGUCGAGCGCAAGGCUCAGUAACUCCAAAGAGCCACCAGCCUCAGUGCCACGGAACAGCCUCCUGCUGCCAACCGCCAACAUGAGCAGGAAAUCUCCCCAGAAAAGGAAGCACAGAAGUGGCCAAGCAGAUGAAAAGGAGCAGGCCACAUCGAUGGAACUAAAGCCGCUGCUCCAUGACCAGCGGUCGUUGCCCCCGAGUCCAGAGGAGAAGACGGGAGCUCUAAGGGUGUGCUGCUAUGGCACAGGGGCAGCGGGGGAGAAUUGCCAGGUCUGUAUGAACCCCAUGGAGCCAAAAGUCCGGCCAGCGAUGGACAGAAAGAAGCCCAGUCCGCGGCGGCUGCCUUCUGCUGUGUCCUCCACCAUAGCAACGGAGUCUCCCCCCAGUCCUGCAGAGCCCCACACCACCUCCUCCCGUCUCAGCUUCCACACCAUCGUCUCCUGGGUCUGGAAGAUCUUCAAGAAACCACCGCCUGCACAGCCGCAGCCUAGUACCAGCAGUGAAACCGAAAUAGGAGGCAGCAGCCAGUCACUGGCUGCCCGGCUGAGGCUGUGGCUCACCCUGCGCCACAGCCGCAUUCACCCCAGGCCACCGUGA